GGGAGGUGAGGUGAAGUGAGGUGAAGUCAAGUGAAUUAAGGGGAGGGGAGGGGAGGUGAGGUGAAGUGAGGUGAAUUAACGGAAGGUGAGGUGAGGCGAAGUAAGGGGAGGCGAGGUGAGGUGAAGUGGAUUAAGGAUAGGUAAAGUGAGGUGAGGUGAAGUGAGGUGAAUUAAGGGGAGGCGAGGCGAGGUGAAGUGAGGGGAGGCGAGGCGAAGCCGAAGGGCCCGAGCCCCACGGGGCCCUCGCCGGCCAUGUGUUCGGCGGCCGGGCUGCCGCCGGCCGGCAGCACCCUGACCCUGCGGGUGUCGUCGGUGGAGAUCCGCCCGGAGGUGGUGCCGGUGCGGCUCUGGGGCCUGGUCGGGGAGCGGCGCGAAGACUACCCGGUCCCGGGCUGGGCCGGCCGGGACCCCGGGACGGGCGGCUGGGCCCACGAGCCGCCGGGCUGCGCCCCGGGGCCGCCCGACGGCCUGUGCCUGGUGCGCUUCGCCGGCUGUUGGCACCGGGGCCGCGUGGUCGGCCGCCAGGCCGGCCGGUGCCGCGUCUUCCUGCUGGACGAGGGCCGGACCGUCACGGCCGACCCGGCCUGCCUGGCCCCGGCCCUCCCGCGGGCCGAGGCGCUGGGCUGCGUGCUGGCCGGGCUGGUGCCGGCCGCCGCGGCCGGCGGCGGGGAGCCCGACCGCUGGUCCCGCGCCGCCGCCGGCUUCCUGGCCCGGCUGCGGGGCAAGGAGGUCGAGGGCCGGGUGCUGGACGUGCUCCUCCCGCAGCGGCUGGUCCUGCUCGACGUGCCCGCCCUGGCCCGCCAGAUGCACGAACUGGGCCUGGUGCGGCCCGUGUCGGACCGGGUCUUCCGGGCCCUCCUGAAGCGCCAGCUGACGGGCGGGCCCGAGAGCCCGCCGGCCCCGGGGCCGCCCGGACCGCCCGGACCCCCUGACCCGCCGGCCACCGUCGAGUUCUUCCACCCGGGCCUGCGGCCCGGCCCGAUGGAGCGCAUGGUGGUCACGCAGGUCUCCCACCCGCACCGCGUGUACUGCCAGCUGCUCAGCUUCUCCGGGGAGGUGGCCCGCCUGGCCGACGGCAUGGCGGUGGCCUACGGGGGGCCGGCCCGGGAGGCUGGGGCCGAGACCCCCGCCAGGCCGGGGGCCCCGUGCGCGACCCGCGGGCCGGACGGGCGCUGGCACCGGGCCGUGCUGCUGGAUGCUUCGGGCCCGCAGCGCCCGGCUCAGGUGCUGCACGUGGACUCGGGCCGGAAGGAGCUGGUCAGCGGCGGGAGCCUGCGUGCCCUGCUGCCCGAGUAUUUCCGCCUGCCCGUGGUCACCUACCCGUGCGCCCUGUAUGGUCUAUGGGACCGGGGCCGGGGCUGGGCCCGCUCGCAGGUGAGCCGCCUGCGGACGCUCCUCCUGGGCCGGACGGUGAGCGUCAAGGUCGAGUUCUACAGCACCCUGGAGCGCGUGUACUACGUCACCCUGUACGGGGACGAGGGGCUCAACCUCAACGGCAUCUUCGGGGUCCAGGCCCGCUGCUUAGCCGACAGAAUGCCGCUCGGGCCCGGGCCAGAAAACGAGGCGGGGGGAGGAGAAGGAGGAGUGGAGGAGGAAGAGGAGGAGGAGGAGGAGGAGGAGGAACCAGACCCGCCAAAGACACCUCUGGCUUCCUCCUCGUAUGACGAGCUGCCCCACCUCUCUCUGAAAGUGAUCCAGCUGAAGGCCGAGGCUUUCUAUGACGCCCGGGUGGAGUUCGCCAAAGAUCCCUCCGAGUUCUGGGUGCGGCUGAGGAGGCACAACGAGCCAUUCGGCCAGCUCGCGAGGAGCAUGUGUAGCUUCUACUCUUCGGUGGGAAAGAUGGACGGGGUCCUCGCCCAGCCCCAGCCCGACCGCGUCUGCUGUGUCAGAUGGAUGGACGGCAACUUCUUCCGGGCUGUCAUCGCCCGGCCGGCGGCGGGCGGGAGCGUGGAGGUGCGCCUGUUAGACCGGGGAGACGCGGGGGUGGUGGGCAGUGACGACGUCAAAGAACUGCUCCCCCAGUUCUGGCAGCUCCCGAUUGUGGCGCUGAAGUGCAGCCUGGCAGACGUCUGCCCUGUAGGAGGGGAGUGGAGCCCGGAAGCCGUUUCCUACUUCCGAAAGGUCGUGCUGCACAAGGAGGUGGUCAUCCGCGUGCUGGGUAAGGAGGGAAGCCAGUACCCCGUGGAGAUCUUCGACACGGCCGGGAUCGGGGAGGAAAAUGUCGGCCGGCGGUUAGCUCGGGCCGGGUACGCCGCCAGGGUCCAGGAGCCGGAGGAGGUGGAAGUGGCCACGCCGUCUGUCCGCUCGGCCAGGCGGGCCGUCAGCCGGCGGGGGGCCGGGGCCCGGGGUGGCGGCGCGGAGCAGGAGCCAGAGGAAGGCAACCCACGGCAACUCCCCGCGCAGCCCCCGGCCGAAAGAGGAUCCGCCACCAACCCCGUAAGCGAGCCAACCGCUCGAGGAAAAGAGAGGGUCGAAGGCCCUCCGACCGCCUCCUCAGCCCGGCGGGAUUACCGGGGCACCGAUUCGCGCCACCCCAUCAUAGACCAGUUAGAGGUCGGGAGCACCGUAGAAGUGAAGGUGACCUUCGUUGAAAACCCCGGCAAGUUCUGGUGCCAGCUGACCAGAAACAUCCAAGAACUUCGGGGCCUCAUGAGCGAAAUGCAGGAGUACUGCAAAACGUCAGCCACUCCCCACCGGGGGACCGGGCCGGCUUGUUUAGCCAAGAGAGCCGAAAACGGGAAAUGGUGCCGGGCCCUGAUCACCGGCGAGGCGCUCCACCCCGAGCAAGUCGAAAUCAUGUUCGUCGACUACGGCAACCGGGAGGUGGUGUCCGUGAAAAAUCUCUACGCCAUCAGGGAGGACUUUCUCAAGUUAAAGGCCCAAGCUUUCAGGUGCAGCCUCUACAACUUGAUUCGACCCACUGGCCCGGAUCCGUUAGUGUGGGACGAAACGGCCACCGUGGCCUUUCGGGACUUUGUCGGUGGCGCUUGGGAACGCAAUCUGGAAUUGAAAUGCACGGUAUUUGCAGUAGCGUCCUUGAACCGUAAGGAGCUUUUCCAUAUCGUGGACUUGGUUACACCUUUUCAGAGCGCCUGCCACUGUUUAACCGAAAAGGGCCACGCAAAGCCAAUGCAACCUCAGAAUCCUCUCGCGUCAGCGGUUCGGCUUGAGUCGUAUUACUACUCUACCCACGACAUCAAGAUUGGGGGCGAAGAAGCCAUCUGCGUGACGCACAUCGACGACCCGUCGGCCUUUUAUUGCCAACUCGCGAGAAGCGUGACUGUGCUGGAACGGCUGUCACGUCACAUCAGUCAGGUCGCUCAGCUCUCGCAAAACCUCAGAACCAAGACGUUGGCUCCGGGAACCCUGUGCCUCGCCAAGUAUAAUGACCAAAACUGGUAUCGGGCAAUAGUGACCGAAAAGGAGACGUCUAAGGAAGUGUUCUUUGUGGACUUUGGAAAUACCUACGAGGUGACGCACGACGAUCUCCUUCCCCUACCCGGCGAUGCCUAUAACCUCUUACUUUUGCCAAUGCAAGCCAUCAAAUGUUGCCUGUCUGAUGCCUACGACCACAUCCCCAAAGAGGUCGCGCUCUGGUUUGAAAAGGCUGUCCUGGAUAAGCCCUUGAAGGCUAUGGUGGUAGCCAAAGAUCCCGAAGGCAGAUUGGUCAUUGAGUUGUACGGCGAAAGCGUGCAGAUUAAUGCCAAAUUAAAUGAGAAGUUAAGUUUGCUGGGUUACAAAAGCUCCCCGAAGUUGGUAGAGAGUGACGUUUUGCUUUCCACCGUAGCCGGGAGAGAGGAAAAAAGCGAAAAUAGGAAAUCGCCUGUUGGACUUUUAAGUAAAUCAGUGGAAAGCACGGGUGGCCCGUCAGAGAUCCCGAAAGAAUCCUCCAGACCUAAAAUCAGUUUAGCCUUUAAAGAACUGAAACCACUCCAGAGCUCAACGAAGGCCACCCUGUCGACUGAGGGCCCAGAUCCCCUGGACGAUCGAGAGUUGGAAGCUGCCAUCUUCGGCGACGAGGUAGAGGGGACUCCUUGCCAGUCUCCGAUAAAACCCACACCCAAAACAGGUGCCACCAUUCCAGGGGACCACGGUCACAACGAAGAGUCGCCUCUUAAACUGUGUGAUCUUCCUCGGAAGAACAUCGUUCCCGGUCUUAAAACCAGGAUCUACGUGUCUCACGUAAACGAUCUGUCGGACUUUUACGUGCAGUUAACGGAAGACGAGCUUGAACUCGGCCUCAUCUCGGAGAAGUUGAACGGCCCCGCGACGAGACCGGACUCCGUCGCCAGGCCGCCGUAUCAAGUGGAAGACUUGAUCUGCGCGGUUUUCUCGGAAGACGACUUGUGGUAUCGGGCGGUAAUCACGGAGAAGCCGUCCGGGGACCUGAUCCCCGUCCAGUUCAUAGACUACGGCAACACCUCGGUCGUGAAGGCUAGCGAAAUCAGCAGGCUUGUCGGGCCUGAUGCCGUGGUGCCGGGGAUGAGCAUCCACUGCUCCCUGGGUAGGAUUCCGCUCUCUGAAAUGACAGACUGCCCCGAGAGCGUGGCUUACUUCUCCCAAAGGACCAACGAGGCCCAGUUAAACUGCGAGUUUGUAAAACAGGUUGGGGGCACCUGGGAAGUGAUCCUUCACGACGAGCAGGGCGUGAUCGCCGAAGAACUGAUGGCCAGGUUCAAGCCGCACGAGGGACCCAGAGUCGGAGAAACGCCGGCCCCGGGCCUGUCGGGCGACGACGGGCUGCAGAGCAGUUUACUCAGCUGGUGCAGGCCGGACGUCAAGACUCUAAGAGCUUACGCCACCGUCAUAGAUGGACCUGCAUAUUUCUGGUGCCAAUUUGCCGAGACACCGAACCUGAAGCGCUUGGAAAGAGAAGUUCAGAAAGCAGGAGCGCGAGCGGUGGAGGGCGCGGACCGCAUGGAAGUCGUUCAGCAGGGCGACGCCUGCAUCGUCAAGUGCAGGGACGAUGGGAAAUUCUACAGGGCCCUCGUGGCCAGAGUCAGAAGGGACCUCAUAACGGUCAGGCUUGUGGACUACGGCAACGUCGAGAGCUUUGGCCGAGAGGUCAUCUGGCACAUUCCCGAGGAACUCCUGUCCAUACCCAUGCAGGCCUUCCCGUGCUGCCUGGCGGGACUCCACGCCCUGGAGGGGGUCUGCUCGGCCGAGGCCAAGAACUAUUUUUUCGAAAUCGUGACGAGAGACGUGUUGGACGUCACCGUGGUAGAGUUCAGGAGCGAUGCCUGCAACGUGCCUCUAGCGGUGGUGGGGUUGAAGUGUAACGGGGAGAGCAUCGGCGAAAAAAUGAAGAAAUUCUCCAAGUUCGACACCGCGAACAGAUACACGGUCAAGGCAAGCUUCUCGAGCACUUGGCCCGAGAGGAAGAAAGAUCGACGCAUAGAAGCACCUCAAGGGCAGAGGCCUGAAGUUGGAACUGGAGAAAGGAGGAGAGCUUCCAGGGGCCGUCUGCUCUGCCCGGAGCUAAGCUCGAGCGACCGCUACUUGAACGAUGCCACAGACGGUUCGGAGACAUCUAAAGGUAACACCGGCGUGGAGCCGAAAGACGUGGCUCCAGCCUGUCGCACGGAAAAGGCCAAGGUCGAUGAGAGCUCAUCUCGGACUUCAGCACUUGAACCCCUUUCUCCGCAGGAGAGCGAACUGAAGAUGUUCGAAUUGGAUUCUCUUGAAAUACCACUUUCUCUAGAUGACGAAUCGAAGGAAUUCGUGGAACUGGAGUCUCUGGAGCUGCAACUCUCCCUUGCUGGUGAUGAACCGAAAGAAGAAUUGGAUCUGAGACCGCCAGUCGUGCAGCUUUCUCAGAGUUUCGAAGUCAAGUUUCUGCCACUGGAGUCCUAUUCUGUGCCUCUGUCGCUUGGUUACGAAGCAGAUGACCUAGAAGCGGAACCGCAAGCCUUGCAGUUUCCCGUGGACGAUGACGUACAGUCGAUCGCCUCAGAAAUGAGCCCCAAAGACCAGGAGGUGAUGCACGUGGAGGACCUGAGAGAACCAAGUCACGCGAAAUCCUUUGACUGUGAGACACGCAGGAUUUCUCUCCGAGAAAGGAAUCGUGGUUCGGAAAUACAGAGCGAAUGCACCUUUUAUGAAGUGUUUGGGGACUACAGAAAUAUCAUCGUUGAGUUCCAGACCGGCCAGUUCUCAGAUGAAGAAUCCAGUACGGGAGAAGAUGAGGAGAUUCUGUCCACAGAGCAUGUUGCAGGUGAAAAUGUAUAUUCUCUAGACGGAUUUACUGUUGGCUCUAAGUGUGUCGUGUGGUCGAAUCUGGAGAAGAGAUGGUCUGAGUGUCAGAUCUUGGAAAUCACUGAGGAUGGUACCAAGGUUUUGAACCUUUUAAAUGGUAUCGAAGACCUCGUAAGCCCUGAAAAUGUUUGGAAUGGAAUACCAAAGUCGGAUAAGAAUCCCUAUGAGGUGGUUUUUGAUCCUUUAGAAGAGGAUGCCUGCUCUAACCCCUUAGAGGAUCCUAUGGAUGAAGACUUGCCCCUCGUGUUACCAGCAAAGAGCUCUGCAAAUGACUUGGCUUUAAGCAUGAAGGCCGAGAUGGGGCCUAGCAAUUCAGACAACACCCUUGAAUCUGUGAGGUCGUCUUUACAAGAGUUGAACCAAGAAGGUUCUGGUGAACGUGAGUGCAUCUGUCUCCCAGAAGAGCCUGCUAAUUCUGAAAGGGUCUUAAAAAAAUAAUCAUAGAUCACUACCUUGUUCACCUCGUUUUUUUGGGUACUAGUCUGCGUAUGAAGAAUACUGGGAAAACUCUUCUCCCAGUUUUAGGGUUUGUUUUACAUAGUAAUUACAUGUUAAUUAAGUGAUGGUACUCUUCACCUGGUACUGUUUCAUCUUCAGGAUGUAAGCACGAGCUAAAUAAAGUCUGUUGUAAUUCCAAGGAUUUGUGAACAGGGGAGCAUCAACCCUCCCACCGCUGAAGUUGUACCAGCUGUUAAGAAUAGCAUAUUCAGAGGUUAGAAUAGUGUUGAAUUUCAUUUGGGUCACAGGUUUAAUAGAGCUUCUGUUUGAAUGUUGGGGUUAUUGUAAUAUUAUCUAUCUUGAAUAAAGUUUACUCUUUGGACAA